AUGAAAAAAAGAUGGGAUAGGCGAAAUGCGGCGCCCGGAGCAUGGCUAAUGUUGUUGUUGCCGUGUGCAAUAAUCACCGGCCUUUACACAUGCGAAACCUACUCGGAACCGUACCUAAUCUCAACGAUACUGAGUUUGGGUAUUUUGGUUAGUGCGGUGUCCGACGUUUUGCAUUGCGAACGCUUCCCGGCCAAACCUUUGAGUUACAUUGUCACUGCGGCUGUUAUCGCGCAACUGCUGACCCUUUAUACUGAGUUGGGCAUCGUUUACAACCUGACAUGUGCCGCGUUCUGCUCACUCUCCUACCACCGGCUCUUGCGGUCGGUCGUGUCUUGUUGCCCGCUGAGUUUCACGUACGGCGAAGCCACUGUCACUGCUCAGUCCGCGCUGCUGUUUGCCGUCGCUUCCGUCACCAACAUGUUGGCGCCAUACCAGCAGCAAACGUGCUUCGACGUGUUUACGCUGAUACUACAGUACGGAAUUGUCGGCAUUUCAGUGUUUGCCUUGAUCGUGUACAACGUGGAAAAACUACGCUCGUCGCCCGGUCGGUUUUACACUACGUUUGCCAUAGUCGUGGCUGCCACUAUAGUGCUGCCACUGCAUAUCGUCCUAAACGGUAGUCCCAUACUAAAAAUCUUGCAUUGGGUUACGAGGGACCGACACACAACAAUACUGCUGUUGUACUGGGCUGGCUGUUCGGCGUUUGCCAUUGUUUUCGUGUGCGUGCAAAUAAUGAGCGACGCCAAGGCGUCAACGUCCAUUAGGAAGAACUUCCAUCUGGUCGCUUGCCUCGUGUACGCGCCAGGUCUUGUUCGCGAUCCUUGUCUGUUGUACUUGGCCAGUGGCGUGGUUUUUGCUGGUUUCGUGUUUUUGGAAACUUUGCGCAUCGCCAACAUGCCGCCACUGGGUGUGGUCCUCCAGGAAGGUUUUCGAGUGUACUCGGACGAAAAGGACGAAGGACCUGUGGCAUUCACUCCGAUCUACUUGCUCGUCGGAUGCUCUCUUCCGCUUUGGAUCCAUCCACGACCUGACCCCAGGAGCCUGUUACCGCUGCUGUCUGGCGUGUUGUCUAUAGGAAUCGGAGAUACGGCCGCUAGCUUGGUAGGCUCACGGAUAGGACGUCAUAAAUGGAAAGGUACGAAAAAAAGCAUCGAAGGGUCCGUAGCUUGUUUCGCUUCUCAAGCUUUGUGCAUUGUCGCUCUCAAAUAUUCAGGUUUAGCAUGUGACAUUAAUCUGAUGAUACCGCUGCUCGGAGCUGGUUUCGUAACUCUCGUCGAAGCAAAAACUGAACAAGUUGAUAAUUUAGCAUUGCCUCUUUUAUUGUAUACGAUUCUAUUGCACUGUUAA